AUGCGCGCCAGAAGCGGCCUCCGCGGUGACGGCGAGCCGGGCCGCCCCCGGGUGUGGGCGCCGCGGCGAGUGAAGGGACUCGGGCCGCAGUGGAGGCCGCGGCGGCUCGCACGGGACGGCGAGGGUCGCAAGUCCAGGCGCCGGGGGCUGUCGGAGACGCUGUGGAGGCACCGCGGCAGCCGCGCUCGGAGGACUCUCCGCGGGCACUGCCCCUCUGCGGCGGGCCCCGCCCACUGCAGACAUAGGCCCCGCCCCCGGCCCCGCCCCGCCCACCGCGCCUUCCUCUGCGGCCCUCCCGGAGCCGGAGGCCCCGCCCCCAGGCAUCGCCCAGCCUACCGCGCCUUCCACUGCGGCGCUUCCCGGAGCCGGAUGCCCCGCCCCUCAUCUAGCCCCGCCCACCGCGCCUUCCUCUGCGGCGCUCCCGGAGCCGGAGGCCCCGCCCAGCUCUGGACCGGACCCCUCCCUCCCCUGCGCCGGGUCCUGUGGCCCGGCCCGGCUCCGAUCCUUUGCCCGGGGACACGGCCCACAGAACUGCACCAGACUGGCGGUCAGGUGGGAUCGCCGCAGAGCCAGCCCGGCCUCUUAAAGGGACCGGCGGCCUCGGCAGCGCUCGCUUCCCCCGCCAGGGAGUCUCCUCCCCCGCGGUCUUUGCCAAGGAGGCUAUCCUUUUCUUCCAGCCACCCCAGCUCCCGCGGUCCCCGAUUCCCGCGGAGUGAGGGGGACUUCGGUCUGGAAGGGCUGGGGACCAGAGCAUCCGCACACCCCCCCCCCCCCAGUCCAGCGUGGCGCGGCCUCGAUCGACCUUCCCCGGAUGAGGCCGCUCUUGCGCCGGCACGUCACCCACGCAGUGGACCCAGGAGGGCUCCUCCACCGCUUGCCCCAGCCUCUGGUCCUGAGAUCGGCCUGGGCUAUGCCGAGCCGGCUGGUCCUCGGGCCCAAAGGUUAAGGAGCUCGCUCGAAGCCCAGAGACGGCACGUGAGGCCUCACCCGGGAACAAGGAGCAGCGCGGGGGUCACGUCAGACCCCUCAGCCCUUCUGCAGCCUGUGCCCGUGGGCCAGGACCUGACCUUAGAGCGGCCACGGGUCAAGGAUGAGAUGAAGGGUUAUCGAGGGUGUGUCCCCCAUCCACAGGUCGAUGGUCAGGGAGCAGCAUGUGGACCCUCAUUUAGAGGGACGCGAAAUGGAAACAGACAUUCCACCAGGUGUGCUCAGAGGUCUCGGCCAGAUAACCAGGCCGGAGGACUUCUGAGAGCUGCACGGCAGCCCCAGACGGGCUCAGACGGGAAAUCAGGCAGAGACCCAGGGGCCCCGCCAAGGGACGGCCAGACAGACUCAAGCCCAGGCUCAGGUGCCCCCAGGAUCCAGCAGUGGACCCCCGCCUGCCCUCCUGCUCACCCCUUCUGCUGGGACACAGGCGCAGCAGCGGGGACGCCGGUGCCAGGUGAUGGGCUGGGAGGGCAGACCUCUCUCUGGUCUGGGCACGGUGCGGGGGUGCCCUGCCCGGCCCUGCCAGGCCCUCACCAGAGAGCCAAACACAAGGCCCCUCUCAGGCAGGCAGACAAUCAGCCCUUUCGGUCCCAGGGCAGCCGGGCGGCGUUCCCUGCACCUCUGUUUCUCCCUAGCUCCUGUGAGUGA